GCGGCGGUGAUCAAGGUGAUCGGAUGCGGCGGGGGGGGCGGGAACGCGGUGAAUCGCAUGAUCAGCAGCGGAUUACAGGGCGUGGAAUUCUGGGCGGUCAACACGGAUUCUCAGGCGCUGGUGAACUCGCUCGCGCCGAACAAGUGCCAAAUCGGCGAGCAGGUGACGCGAGGCUUGGGCGCGGGCGGUAACCCUGAGCUCGGGGAGAUCGCGGCGACUGAAAGCCGACAGGAGCUCGAACGGGCAGUAUUGGGCGCCGAUCUCGUGUUCAUUACCGCGGGCAUGGGCGGCGGAACCGGGAGUGGGUCCGCGCCGGUGGUUGCGAAGAUGUCGCGCGAGAAGGGCAUCUUGACCGUCGGCGUCGUGACGUACCCCUUCUCGUUCGAAGGAAGACGACGAAUUCAACAAGCCACCGAAGCCAUCGAAGCGCUUAGAGCGAAUGUUGACACUUUGAUCGUUAUUCCGAACGAUCGCUUGCUCGAUGUCGUGGAGGAAGGCACUGCUCUUCAGGAGGCGUUUUUGCUCGCCGACGACGUCUUGCGUCAAGGUGUGCAAGGUAUUUCUGACAUUAUCACGAUUCCAGGUCUCGUCAACGUCGAUUUCGCCGAUGUUCGCGCGGUAAUGAAGGACAGCGGUACCGCCAUGCUCGGUGUCGGCGUGGCGAGCGGUAAGGGCCGCGCCGAGGAGGCCGCGAGAGCCGCCAUGAGCGCUCCUCUCGUUGAGCACUCCAUUGACCGAGCGACUGGUAUCGUGUUUAACAUCACCGGUGGUCCGGACAUGACGCUCAUGGAGGUCAACACCGUUUCCGAAGUCGUCACCUCGCUUGCGGACCCGUCAGCGAACGUCAUCUUCGGUUCUGUCGUCGACGAGAAGCACACGGGUGAAAUCGCGGUGACCAUCGUCGCGACGGGUUUC